GGGAGUGGGGGGGGGGGGACCUCCGCACCCCUCACCCCCGCUCCCGACAGAUGGCAGCACCACCAUGGCGGAGGACCAGGAGGUGGUCAAGCUAGAAUUGUUGUGCAAGCAGCUUCAUGAAGCUAAUGAUGGCGUUCAGCGGCAAGAAGCAGAAAAAGCGCUGGUGGAGUUCCAGUCAGGUCGAGGAGCUGCUACUCUCAGUCAGUGCCAGUUGCUCCUAGAUCGAGCUCAGUCAUCUUACUCACAGUAUUUGGCAGCUACUACACUAACCAAGCUCGUGUCAAGAAAUCCGUGUACACUCUCACUCCAACAGAGGAUUGAUAUUCGAAAUUAUGUUCUGAAUUAUCUGGCAACUCGACCCAAACUGGUUCAUUAUGUUACUCAGGGCUUGGUGGUGUUGUUUGGCCGCAUCACCAAGCUAGGGUGGUUUGAUGGCCUUGACAAAGAAAAAUGGGCAUUCAGAAAUGUUAUUGGUGAUGUAUCUCAAUUUCUUCAGGGCUCAGUGGACCACUGUGUUAUUGGAGUGCAACUGCUUGCUCAGCUGACUGCAGAGGUGAACCAGAUUUCAGAGUCAGAUGCAAACAAAUCCCUUACUAAACAUCGCAAAAUUGCAAGCUCAUUCAGAGACACACAGCUGUAUGAUAUCUUCCAGCUCUCCUGCACACUUCUUAGGACUGCACUAGAGAACUCCAAGACCCUUAAUUUUAAUGAUGAAAGUCAACAUGGACUAAUGACACAUCUACUGCGAUUAGCUCUAAACUGCCUUACAUUUGACUUCAUUGGUACUUCUGUGGAUGAAAGCAGUGAUGACUUAGGAACAGUUCAGAUUCCCACAGCAUGGAGGCCUGCCUUCCUUGAUUUUUCUACAGUUCAGCUGUUUUUUGACCUGUAUGCCUCCCUCCCUGCUACAUUGUCACCAGUGACGUUAUCAUGUCUGGUCCAAAUAGCCUCUGUGAGGCGAACACUAUUUAGCAAUGAGGAACGAGCCAAGUUUCUCUCUCAACUAGUCAAUGGUGUUAGGAAUAUACUUCAGAAUCCACAGGGCCUGAGUGACCCUUCAAACUACCAUGAGUUCUGCCGGUUGUUGCUGAGAUUGAAGAGCAACUAUCAGUUGGGUGAGCUGGUGACAGUAGAACAUUAUCCAGAUGCCAUCCAACUUAUAGCAAAGUUCACUGUUGAGUCCUUAAAUAUGUGGCAGUUUGCACCAAACAGUGUGCAUUACUUGCUAUCCCUGUGGCAACGCAUGGUUGGAUCUGUGCCCUACAUGAAGGCUACUGAACCACACCUAUUAGAAACCUACACUCCAGAAGUUGUACGUGCUUAUGUGUCUUCUCGGUUGGAGAGUGUCAGUGUGGUGCUGCGAGAAGGUUUAGAUGAUCCAUUAGAUGAUGUUACAGUCAUUCAGCAACAGCUUGAUCAGCUGUCUACAAUUGGUCGGUGUGAGUAUGCAAAAACGUGUGCACUGCUGGUGCAGCUGUUUGAACAGACUGCUCAACGUUAUCAGGAAUUGAUAUCUGCACGUAUGAACAGCCGGUCUCAACAGCACUCCAUGGAGGAAAUAGCAAUAUUAGAAGGUCAACUAACGUGGUUGGUAUACAUGAUUGGGUCUGCUAUUGGUGGUCGUGUAUCAUUCAACACUAGUGACGAUCAUGAUGCAAUGGAUGGAGAGCUAGUAUGUAGGAUUCUACAGCUGAUGAACUUAACAGACACAUGUCUGCCACAGGGAGGAUGUGAACGCCGCGAAUUAGCCACAAUUUCUUUUUUUGAGCAGUUUCGGAAAAUUUAUGUUGGAGACCAAGUUCACAAGACUUCCAAGUUCUAUCGGCGACUCUCUGACAUUCUUGGACUUAAUGAUGAGUCAAUGGUUUUAGCAGUAUUUGUUAGGAAAAUUAUCACCAACCUUAAAUAUUGGGGCCAUUGUGAACAAAUUUUGACACGCACCUUGACACUUCUGUCUGACCUGUCCAUCAGUUAUAACAGUGUUCGUAAACUUGUCAAACUUGAAGAGGUGCAGUUUAUGCUCAAUAACCACACGAGAGAAUUCAGGGUGCUAAAACAGUCUGGCCCUCAAAAUAGUGAACACUUCCCUUUCUUGGGGGUGGGUGUGUCGGUGCAGGAGAUGAGAAGUCGAACUUUGUUUUACACAUCUCUGGGGCGGUUACUUAUGGUGGAAUUGGGGGAAGAUGAGGAGAAAUUUACACAAUUUAUGAUCCCUAUUACUAGUGCAUUUGAUAGUGUAGGUCGACUACUGGCUCAAGCAGAAACUCCAAUGUUCCAGGCAGAAGAGGCUAAGAAAGGAUUAAUAGGCCUUGCCAGGGAUCUGCGUGGCUUAGCAUAUGCAUUUAAUACCAAGACUUCCUAUAUGAUGCUGUUUGAUUGGAUAUACCCAACAUACACUGGUGUUCUGGUCAGAGGUGUGGAAAUUUGGAGUCAUGACCCACAGGUGACCACCCCAGUACUCAAACUCUUUGCAGAGUUGGUACAGAACAGAUCUCAGAGGCUCCAGUUUGAUGUCUCAUCACCCAAUGGUAUCCUGCUUUUUCGAGAGGCCAGCAAAGUCAUCUGUACAUAUGGUUCAAGAAUUCUGGCCCAAGGAGAUAACAUUCCAAAGGAUCAGAUUUACCCAAUGAGGUUGAAGGGUAUAAGCAUCUGCUUCUCCAUGCUCAAGGCAGCCUUGUGUGGCAGCUACGUCAACUUUGGAGUCUUCCGCCUGUAUGGGGAUGAUGCCUUGGACUCUGCAUUACACACCUUUGUUAAAUUGCUGCUUUCAAUUCCACAGUCUGAUCUCUUGGUGUACCCAAAGCUGUCUCAGACUUAUUAUGUGCUGCUGGAAUGUCUUGCACAGGACCACAUGAAUUUCUUAUCCACCCUAGAACCCAACGUAUUCCUCUAUGUCCUCUCCUCCAUAUCUGAAGGACUCUCUGCUAUAGACUCGACUGUUGCAGGGAAAGCACCACCCACAAUUCAAUACUUGAACCCAUCAGCAGAACAUACGAUGGUGUGUACAGGCUGCUGUGCGACCCUAGACCACAUUGUCACAUACCUCUUCAAAACUUUACACCAAAAGAGCAAAAAAGGCACAGUAGACCUGGAGACUGAUGCCUUAGUGAAGGUGAUGAAACACCAGCCAUCCAUCCUCCAACAGAUGCUAGCCACGGUUCUCAACAUCAUAAUGUUUGAAGAUUGUAGAAACCAGUGGAGUAUGUCCCGUCCACUUCUGCCACUCAUCCUAUUAAAUAAUGAGUAUUUUGGCCAACUGAGACAACAAAUCAUCAGUCAACAAGCACCAGACAAGCAAGGGGCAAUGGCACAGUGGUUUGAUAGCCUUAUGGAAGGUAUUGAACCCAAUCUUCUCACCAAGAAUAGAGACAAAUUCACUCAAAACUUGUCAGUGUUCCGUCGUGACAUAAAUGACUCUCUAAAGGGACCAGUUACCAGUAGUGGCGGAGGUAGUGGGAGUGAAAUGAUGACAUCAUGACGGCAACACCAUCACCAAAAUGGUCUCCAUUACAACUCCCACCAUAAUACCAACCACCACCGUCGCCGCUGCUAUUCUCUCUCCACCACAACCACAUUUACUGAUUCUGCCAUGACUAACACUACCAUUAAUGUUGUAGCAGAUUCCAAUAGCAAUCAUUGUGCUCAUAUGUGGUUGACAUAAUUAUGACAUGAGUCACUUUGACUUUGCCAAUUUUGAAUCAUAUUUUGUAAUUAGGGAAGUUUUGCAAAUGAAAGGUUACUUUUUUGUACAGAAAUGACAAAUGGGACCUGACAGAACUAUAGUAGCAUUAUGUGUUUUUCCUAAUUUAGAUUCAUCACAGUCUCACCAAAGGAAUUCUGUAAUUAUCUGUCCAUGGUAAAAAGUAUGGCAAUAACCAUGUGCAUCCUGACCUGAGCAAACAUACUGUGCCUCCAGAUACUCCACAGGGAAGAAAAUUAGUGAAAGGUUGAAUGUACUCAGUCAAGUAUCCUGCAUAAUGAAUGUGCAGUUUCUCAUGAGUUCAUUGUCCUGUGGAUGAGUGUCUUCAUGACAUCAGGGAGUGAGAUAUGUGAAGAAAAUUAAAAAAAAAAAACGCAAUAGGAAAAAUCCUUUUGAAAAGGAUAUUUUCAUAGGAGACUGUUAUGUUAAGAGGUCUUGAGAUUUAUGAGAAAAAGAUUGGAUAUUAAAAUCACAUCACCAGGGAAGGAUGCAAUCAAGAGUUAAAGGUUUAUUCACUCUUAUUUGGCAAUUUUGGCUGUUUUAAGAGCAUGAUUUGAGUUUUUACAAUAUUCUUCAAUUACUGUAUGUGUUUGUAUAAACAUAAACAGAUGUUUGAAGGCAGUACAUUAGGUUAGCUUCUAAUUUAAUUUAAAAAACCGUAAAUGAGUUCUCAAAAUCAUUGUAUAAUGAGAUUGUUAUGAAAAGUAUUCCAGUGUGUUAAAGUGGACAUGUUUGGCUACAUCCAGCUGGUUAGUCUUGCUUAAAAAAACAGAAUUGGUAUUAUUAGCCAGUUCACACAUCUCAUACAACAUCAGUGCUCGUGUUUCACAAUUUUCAUGUCAUUAGAGAAAUACACAUUUUUUCAAACCAUUGUAAAUUGAUUUUAUGUACAUAUUCAACAGGAAUUGUGCUAGAGUUCUCUUUUUACAUUACUAGAAGUUAUUUGCAAGUUAGUGUAUACCUCAUUCACAAACUCUCCUGACCAGAUAUGCAAGAUAUGUCUCAGUAAGAAAAAUGAGAGGUUUGCACUUUGCCAGGUCUUUCAAAUUGAAUGUGAGCCUCUAUAUGUACAAGGAGAACAGUUGUAAGUACCUAUCAUCCAGUAUAAUAUGCUCCAACCCAUAUAUACUGAAGGAGACUUGUACAAUGUUUCUGUGAUGGAAUGACAUAUUGUUUAAAUAAAAAGGACAAAGUCUG